GGGCGCUUCGAGCCGUAGAUGUUAGGAGGGUCAGGCUUUGAGGCCAGAGCGGGUGCGCACUGGGCGGGGGCCACCACAGCGCAGCAGAGAUGUGACACGACGGAGGGCUAUUGGAAACAUCAGCGCUACCGGACCAAGGAGGUCUCGGUGAGUGCGAGCUAUGCUGAUGGUGUGGAAAGCGCUGCGGAGAGAAAGAUGAGAACCCACCAAGCGCUUGCCUUCCUCCUGCUCUUCAUGAUUGCCUCUGGGGCUUCUGAAAACUCCAGCACUUCCCGGGGCUGUGGACUGGACCUCCUCCCUCAGUACGUGUCACUGUGUGACCUGGACACCAUCUGGGGCAUCGUGGUAGAGGCGGUGGCAGGGGCGGGUGCCCUGAUCACACUGCUUUUGAUGCUCAUCCUCCUGGUGCGGCUACCAUUCAUCAAGGAUAAGGAGAAGAAGGACCCUCUGGGUCUCCACUUCUUAUUUCUCCUAGGGACCCUGGGCCUCUUCGGGCUGACCUUCGCCUUCAUCAUCCGGGAGAAUGAGACUAUCUGCUCAGUUCGGCGUUUCCUCUGGGGCAUUCUCUUUGCACUCUGUUUCUCCUGCCUGCUGAGCCAGGCCUGGCGUGUUCGGAACCUAGUGCGGCAGGGCAGGAGCCCCUCCGGCUGGCAUCUGGUGGGUGCGGCGCUGUGCCUGACACUGGUUCAAGUCAUCAUUGCCGUAGAGUGGCUGGUACUGACUGUGCUGCGUGACUCGAAGCCGGCCUGCGCUUACGAGCCAAUGGACUUCACUAUGGCCCUCAUUUACGACAUGGUACUGCUUGUGGGCGCCCUGGGACUGGCCCUUUUCACUCUGUGCGGCAAGUUCAAGAAGUGGAAGCAGAAUGGAGCCUGCAUCCUCCUCACAGCCUUUUUCUCUGUGCUCAUCUGGGUGGCCUGGAUGACCAUGUACCUCUUUGGCAAUUCGGAGCUGCAGCAAGCAGAUGCCUGGGAUGACCCCACCUUGGCCAUCACACUGGUGGCCAGUGGCUGGGUGUUCAUCAUCUUUCACUCCAUUCCUGAAAUCCACUGUACUAUCCUGCCCUCCCCGCAGGAAAACACCCCUAACUACUUUGACACGUCCCAGCCAAGGAUGCAGGAGACGGCCUUUGAUGAGGAUGUGCAGCUACCGCGAACCUACAUGGAGAACAAAGCCUUCUCCAUGGAUGAACACAAUGCAGCUCUCCGGACAGCAGGAUUUCGCAAUGGCAGUUUAGGAAACAGACCCAGUGCUCCGUUUAGAAGCAAUGUGUAUCAGCCAACUGAGAUGGCGGUUGUGCUCAAUGGAGGGACUAUCCCAACUGCUCCACCAAGUUACACUGGAAGACACUUCUGGUAAAAGACAAAGUUCCAGAGAACUCUUACCAAUUUUAUUCCCUGGAUAUGUCUUUCUUGAGGGAAAAAUCAGUAAUUGUAGCCGAAUAAGGCUGCCUUGCAGUCAGAUUUGGAAAUCCUAGACAAGGUGAUUUUGUGUAAAUGUGAACACUGCUGAACUGAAAAGCUAACACCGACUGUCCUCCCUGCCUGCCCCCCACCCCAAUACCCAACCAACCUCAAUCCCUACAAACUAAAGCAAAGCUAAUUGCAAAUAGUAUUAGGCUCACUCAAAUAUAUGGCCAAGAAGACUGUUUCAUCCUUGGAGGGUAGAAUAGAACCAAGUUCACAGCCAGUGUGCCAGCAUCACCCUUCCUCAACCCCUGGUGGCCUCUUGGAGGUUUCAUUGAGGAAGACCAAUGGGGGUUUUCCCACCAUCCUGCACAUUUCAGGGGGUGUCAGGAGCAGUUCAGGAGGUUGUGAGUAUGAUUCCAAGGAGAGGCCUAAUCAAAUCAUGGGGCAAGCCUUACAACCAAUAGUGGUGGAGGUACACUAUCAUGUGCCAAAGAGGAGAUGUUGCCUGUGAGUUGGUGUCCUUCACAUUUAGAAACUGGUGACCCCUCUGGACCAAAGCAAGACACUUCCCUCCCUCAUGUUACUAAGCAACACUCUGGCUUGAGGCAGCAGUGUCUUUUUCCUUUGAUCAUUUCUCCCUCUUAAGGCCCUUACCAGUGCUCUUCCAAGCCCUCUCCCAGUUUUAUCCCCAUUCAUUUCAAAGGCUUAAAUGAGGUCACCAGCUUAAAACUCCUGGGUUGGCAGACUGGAAGGCAGGCACCAUAGCACAUUUUCUCAGAUAGUGUCACAUGGCACGGUAUUCCAGGGGUGGCCUCUGGGAUGAUGACCCUGCUCCUAAUGUGCAGUGAGUUCUUGGGCUUUUACAUUGAUGUAGUGAAAGUUCCAGGGUGGAGUGGACCAUCUGGGGCUUUCUUGCUGCUUUUGGAAGGAGUGGUGUACAUUUUAACUUGGUGUUCUGGAAGUUCCAUGAAAAUGGUUUGACUCUUCAAGCUCAUUGUUUCUGUCAUGGCUUCCAUUUGUUCUUAACAAGUCAUUCCUUGGUUCUUUGGCAUUUCAAACUACUUGGCCAUUCAAAGCACCAUAUUUUCUGCACUGUUUGGCCAGCAUAAUCACUAAUGAUUCAAAGCAAAGUCUUAACUUGAAAGCAUGGAAUGUCUAUGUGAGGUUAGAUCCUUUUGCCUACAUUCUAAUAUUACUUUUUUUUCUAUAAAACAACCCAUAAGCCUUUAACCUUUUAAAGAAAAUGAAAAAGUUUAGCGUUUGGUGAGGGCAAACUGACCUCUGCAUAAGCCAAUGUGUCUGAGCUGUUUUAAUAAACCUUCUGAUUAUUCUUGAGGACCUAGUCUCUUCUGUGUCCUGUCCUUGCUUUCCCUCCUCCCAUCCUUUCAGACCACUGGGGUAAACAAGACCAAUCCGACCAUCCCCUGUGAGAGGCACUCCUUUGGGGUUUCUGUCCUGCUAGUGCAUUUCUCAUCACCACACAUGGGAAAGGAAAGCAUGGAAAUAGAAUGCCCCCAGCCCUUAUCUCUGGAAACUGCCUCCCCUGCCUAAAGCAUGUGCUUGCUUCUAUAGAAUCAGACUCCAGUCAUUUGUGAGAGGAUCAUCAUUGGGUGGACUGAGAACUUGGGGUGGGAGUGGAGGUGGUUGCAUGCACACCAAGAAUUGUCAAAAUACAUAAUUCUUUGAACACCUGGGUCCAGGUCUGUGAAAACCAACUGCAUUGCACAUUCUUGUGCCAGGAAAUGGUCGCUCACCCCCGAAUCCUGGAGUCAUUCAGAGCUUCCUGAUCCCAUCUGUGACUCAUUCUGCAGGAGCCCCUUGCAGAAGGGAGUAACUCACAUAGGUAUUUUCUAAGUUUUUGGUGGUCCAGGCAUGUAAGAUAGCUCAGCAUAAAUCACUGAGUGUAAUGUAGUGUUUUACCACCAUAAAAAUGGAACCAGUUUUGAGCCAUGGAGAACCUUCUCUAAUGAGAUCUUUUUUCUUUUCUUUUAAACUUCUGCUAUGUUAUUGUGCUCUGGGUUUUGUUUUAUUUUGGCCCUAAGAUCGAGAGUAGGCUGAAUGUCCUCAACAAUGGGGGCAGAGAUGGGGAAUAAGGGGAGAGUGCAGAGAACUGUUAUUUUUUAAUGAUUAUACCUGCAGGGUACAAAGAGACAUCAUGGCCAAGAGACUGUGGCAGCCAAUUUCUUCCGUGGAACAAAGUGUAAAUGCAAAAUUAAAUGGCAUCUUUUGUUUAGGAUCUGUUUAUGUAAAGGAGACUUGUUGGGUAAGAUGACCUGAAAGGGGAGCAUCUGUGAUAAAAAUACCUAAUUAUAAGCACAAAUCUUUCCAUGUGCAAUUAUUAAAGUUACCUUGGGACUGUAACAGCCACUCUUGUCUCCCUUUUAAUAGAAAAUGGUCAUUGUGGGCUGGAUUUCUCCACUGGAGAUGGAGGAGCUGGUGAAGGAAUUGGCUUGGAGAAAUGACUGACAAACUGGGACUCCAGGGUUUUGCAUUCUGUGUUGAAAGCUGGGAUCCAGUGCUUGUAGCACAGUUUCCAUCAGAGCCCAAUGAACACACAUAGAUGUAGGAUGGUCUUCUAGGUUGGCCAAUGCUGAGCUGAACCCCAAUCUGAAAGGGAGCAUUGUGGCUUUUAUAAUCCAAUCAUGCAAUGAUUAUACCAGUUUAUAGGAGUUCUCAACAGGUGCUUUUAUGAAUUCAUAAAGAGCUAUGGCUCAUUUUUGAUAGGUUAUAUGUAUUUAUUAAAUGUAUUAAUGUGUUUUAUAAUGUACCUUCACCCUCCCCUGGUUGACUUAUAAGAAAAAAUCAUUAAAGAAAUUUCAAGACAAUCAAUGCGUACUAUACAUGAUUGUAUAUAAAUAUUACAAAUUAAAAAGGCUUUAAAGCAUGAGCACAUGGAUUUUAUUUUCAAAAUGAUGUUCUUAACACAAAACUAAAGGCUUCACUAUUUCCUUAAGAUGUGUGGUAGCUUGUCAAAACAACCCAAUACAACCACUAGGCUUUUGGAUCUGCCCAGAGACUAAGGCUGUGGUUCUUUGAAUGGGAAAAUCCUGGUUAACAGCAAACCACAGAACAAAUGAUGGUAAUAAUUCAACUUGCCCAUAAAACGAGGACCUUCCUAUAUUUUGGAGCCUACACAACAAAAAUCCUUUGUUAUUGUUGUCCAGGUUUAAGUGUUACAUCUUGGUGGGUGAAUUGUAAAAGUUAAGGGCCAGUUGCCUUUUGAAAUGAUCACAAGCGAUAAUCUUUUUUAUGAAGAGUAUGCACCAGAUAAACUUCAGAGGUUUUGGGGCUUAAAUUUAAAUUUAGCUCUUCACAAAGGUGACUAAAAGUGGGAAACUAGUAACUAGGACACUUUAUCGCUGGAACUAGAGUUUAUGGUUCAUUUUCAUGGACGUUGGUAUAGAAGAAAACUCCUGAAGCACCGGAGCAAUAUAUGGAUGAAAAAUUAAAAUUUA